AUGUCCUUGGCUGUGGUCUGCUCGCUUCUUGCUAUCUUCUCUGGUCUCUCUAUGUUCCCUGGUCGCUCUGUAUCCUCGUCUCUCUUGGCUGUCUCCUGGAUCUGGUGUGCUCGCUCUGUCUUACUUGCUCCUCGCUCUCCUCUUUAUCCUUGCUCUGUCUUCUCUCCUGGCUGUGUUUUUUUUCUGCUCACUCUGUCUUUCUCGCUCUGUCUGUCUUGGUCCUCGCUGUCUCCUCUCGCUGUGGCUUUGCUCUUGGUCUCUGGCUUCUCAUCUCAAUCUUUGCUCGUUUAUCUCAGUCUCGUCUCCUUCCUCGUCUAUCUUGUCUGGCCUUCCUUCAUACUCGGCGGCCCUGGUCUAUCUCGGCGACGGUCUCGGCCUCUCUCGUCCCGCACCGCAACACAUGCCUACUUCAAGCUACAAGAAUUAGCGCCUCGCCCAUACGUCUUACAUUUCCAGUAUUCAUUGCCACCCCACGUCCACCGCACAGUUGAGGCCCAAUCCCGUAUCCUUUGGCACGAUCGCCUCAAGCACGACGUCAGGCUCAUAGCAGGCACGAUCGCCUUCAAGCACGACAGCAAGUUCCUUGGCUGCUCUGUAUCUUCUGGCGACACUACUCUUGGAUCUGUGGCUUUGGUCUGUGGCAUUGGGCUGUAUCGUUCUCUGGAGGUGGCUUCGACGUCUGGUUGCUGGUAUCUCUGGAACGUGUCUGGGUCUUGUCCUCUUGCUCGUCUUCUCACUGGUGGUUUUCGUCUCUUAUUAUUAUUUGCUGCGCUUUAUUGUCCUUGGCUGUGGUCUACUCGCUCCUCGCUGUGUUCUCUGGUCGCUCUGUGUUUUCUGUGCUGUCUCCUGGCUGUGUCUUUUCUGCUCGCCCUGGCUCCCUCGCUCUGUUCGACUUCGUUCUCGCUGUCUCCUUCUCUCGCUGUGGCUUUGCUCUUGAUUUCUGGCUUCUCAUCUCAAUCUUUUCUCGUUUAUCUCAGUCUUGUCUCCUUGCUUGUCUAUCUUCUCUGGCCUUCUUUCAUACUCGGCGGCCCUGGUCUAUCUCGGCGACGGUCUCGGUCUGUGAUGUUUAUCUCUUUCUUGCUUAUUGUUCUUUUCUGGUGUAUCUCGCCGACCUUCUCACCCCAUCCUUGGUCACGAAUAUCUUGUCAGUAUUCUGAGUCGCCCACACGUCUUACAUUUACAGUGUCACAACAAGUACACCGCACAGUCGGAGCCCAACACUGGGUAAUCAUUGGGACGAUUUCCUUGAAGCACGACCUCAAGUUCACUAGGCGAAACAACCAACGAUCUUCUGUGACAUCCACCUCAGGCAUUUUGGCGAGCUGA